AUGAAUAGUACUAAAGUAGUGCAUAUUAUAGGUAUAGGUGGAAUAGGAAUGAGCGCUAUUGCUAAAAUUCUUUAUAAUCUUAACUAUAAAGUACAAGGUAGCGAUGCAUACUCAAACGACAAUAUUGAUAGACUAAAAAAACUUGGUAUAGAAGUAUACACUGGCCAUAGCGCUGAUAAUAUUAAUCAAGCGCAGAUAGUUGUAUAUUCCUCUGCAAUUCAAGACUCUAAUGUAGAGUUAAUUGCAGCAAGAGAAAAUAAUAAAGUUAUUAUUCACAGGUCUGAUAUUCUUACUGAACUUAUGAAAAAUAAGUACACGAUUGCAGUUUCGGGCUCAAGUGGAAAGACAACGACAACAGCAAUGUUGGCUUCUAUUUUUGAUCAUUCUAAUAUUGAUCCAACUGUUAUUGUGGGAGGAAUCUUAAAUUCAUAUCAAAGUAAUGCAAAGUUUAGUAAAGGCGAUAUUUUUUUGCUUGAAGCUGAUGAAUCAGAUGGAACUAUGCUAAAAAUUCAUGCCAAUAUUGCAGUUAUUACCACUAUUAAUAGUGAUCAUAUAGAUUAUUAUGGUACAGUUGAUGGCAUUAAGCGUGCAUUUUGUCAAUUUAUAGAUCAAGCAGAUUGCGCUAUUUUACCGGAUUUUGUGGAUAUUAAUUAUAAUGAAGAUAAGGUGCAAACGUUCGGAUUUAAAGGUGCAAAUAUAAGAGCUGUUAAUGUUAAGCAGCAUGCUGAUAUCAUAGAAUUUGAUGUAUUAAUCAAUGCAAAUAAAGUUUCAAUUCUUCCGUCAUUCGAAAUGAAAAACGUAAUACUAUCAAACGCAAUAGGGAUUCAUAAGGUUAGUAAUGCCUUAGCUGCAAUAUCAGUUGCAAUUAAAUUAGGAAUCAACGAAGAAAACAUUAGAAAUGGUCUUUUAGAAUUCAAGGGAGUAAAAAGAAGAUUCUCUACAAUUGCUGAUAUUGAGGGUGUGAAGUUCAUUGAGGAUUAUGCACAUCAUCCAGAUGAAAUUCAUGCAACUUUAAUAGCUGCACGUUCAAUCGCUGAAGGGAAAGUAGUGGGGAUUAUUGAACCACUGCGUUUUGCUCGUAUUCGUAAUUUCUUCUGUGAGUUCAUAAAUAUCUUCAUGAUGUUUGACUAUGUAGUUAUUACCCCCGUUCACCCUCCAGAAGAUGAGCUUAUUUCUGGUUGCAGUAUAGAUGAUAUACAGAAGGCUUUAAUAAGCAAUGGUUUUAAUAAUGUCAAGACUAUGAAUGACUCUCUGUCAAUUUCACGUUUUAUCAAUGAUUUCACAAAUUCUGGGGAUAUAGUAUUAUUUAUAGGAGCUGGCGGCAAGAUAGCAAAAUUAGCAAAAGAAGCUGUUGAAUUUAUAAUAGGAGUAGAAUAA